AAAAGAGAUGUUAGCUCUGAAUUCUGAACUGCUGGAUGAUCCAAAUCCUGCAUUUUUUUUACUGAAACUUGUUACACUGGGUUUGUCACCAUCUUGAUGAUUCUGCAGACAGGAUUGGCACGCUAUUAUAAUUGAAUCCGCCAUUAUAAUUUCUCCAUCUUUGAAAUAUGCUAAUUAUAAUUUCGUGAUAUUCAAGCUGUGCUAUUAAAAUUUAGCAGGUAUUCGGGACAUGUCAGUGCCACUACUAUUGCCCCUUCGAUGUAUAUGCAUUUAUCAAGACUUCUAAACCAAAUUGUAAUGGCACAACUUAAACAUUGCGAAUUUUAAUAUAGCAUGUUUCGAAAAUGAAUAAAUUAUUAUUGAUAAUAAUAUGGAUUCAGUUAACCCAAAGUUGAAAACAUGAAUUGCCAAUUCCCAGGAAUUUUUUUUCCUCUCAAAAAUCUUGCUUCCAUUUCUCCCUGCCCUUUUUGUGAGGCAGUUCAGAAAGCAGAAGCCAAGCUAAGAAAAAGAGGUGACGUCAUCAUCACCAUGGGUUCUCUCCUGCUUCCACCAUGGCCGCUGCCCUCGCCUGCCUCUCCCUCCGCUCGCCUCCUCCUUCCCGAGCUCCACUCGCCGGCGAGGCUCGCCUUCCCGUCCUCGCCGUCGGCUGCGCGGCCGCCGCGGCGAGACGGCGCCUACUGCCCAAGGGCCGCGCCGCCGCACGCCGACGCGGCGGCGGCGCUCAUGCUCGCCCACGCGGAGGCCGGCGACUUCGCGUCGGCGCGGUCCAUGUGGGCGCAGCUCCUGCACAGCUCCGCCGCGCCGCGCCUCCGCGCCGCGGCGCCGCGGCUCCUCCCGGCGUACGCGCGGCUCGGCCGGUGCGACGAGGCGCUCCUCGUGGUGCGGGAGCUCUGCGCGCGCGACCCCGGCGCGGCGCGGGCGCUCUACCCGCUCGCCGUCACCUGCUUCGGCGCCGCGGGGGAGCUCGCCCUCAUGGAGGACGCCGUCCGGGAGAUGGCCCGCCACGGCCUCCCCGUCGACUCCGCCACCGGCAACGCCUUCGUGUGCCACUACGCGGCGUCGGGCACCGUGCCGCAGAUGGAGGCCGCGUACCGGCGGCUCAAGGCGUCGCGCCUCCUCGUCUCCGUCGCCGCCAUCCGCGCCAUGGCGUCCGCGUACAUCUCCCACCGCAAGUACUACAAGCUCGGCGAGUUCGUCACCGACGUCGGCCUCGGCCGCCGUGCUGGCGGCAACCUGCUCUGGAACCUCUACCUCCUCUCCUUCGCCGCCAACUUCAAGAUGAAGUCGCUGCAGCGCGCGUUCCUGGACAUGGUCGCCGCCGGGUUCACGCCGGACCUCACCACCUUCAACCUCCGCGCCGUCGCCUUCUCCAAGAUGUGCAUGUUCUGGGACCUCCACCUCACCGCCGACCACAUGCGCCGCGACGGCGUCGCGCCGGACCUCGUCACGCACGGUUGCUUCGUCGACGCCUACCUGGAGCGCCGCCUCGCCCGCAACCUCAACUUCGCGUUCGAUCGGUUGGGCGCCGGCGAGCCCGUCGUGGCCACGGACGCCGUCGUGUUCGAGGCGUUCGGCAAGGGGGGAUUCCACGCGAGCUCCGAGGUGUUGCUCGAGGCCACCGGCGGCGAGCGGCGGUGGACGUAUUACAAGUUGCUCGGCGUCUACCUGAGGAAGCAGCACAGGAAAAACCAAAUCUUUUGGAACUACUGAUACUGGAAUGGAAUUACUCAUCAGAUUAGUAGCAGACUAGCAGUGGCAUUUCAUUAGUAGUAAAAUGCUGCAACGUACAGUAAUUAUUGUUCAGAAUUACAUCAUGCUUACAAAAAAGAAACAAAGAUUUAAAACUUUGGUAGGAUGUAUACUCUUAGAAAAUUGAUCUAUAUUCACACCAA